UGGUGAUGAGAGGGGGGCAACAGUUGGGACAGAGAGAGGAGCUGCUCGUUGAGUCUUAAGUUACAGUCUUCUUGUAAACAUGCUCUCCUCCGUGGUGUCCUGCAUUUUGGCGCUCGGGUUGUUGUUGUUGUCGUCUGCGCUGGGCUCAGACCUCCACGAGGGAGAAAACUCGUCAGGUUUGAGGAGGCUGAAGAGGGAGUUAGUCGGUGAUGAGGAGCGACUUAGUUUAGAGAAGUUAAAACGCAGCGCAGGACUGAAUGAACAGACAUGUACAGAUCUGCCUGGAGGAGAGGCAACCCUGCAGAACAACACACACUCUUUCACCUUCAAAGUGAGGACCAUGGGUUCACUGUCACUGGCCUGGGUGGGAGAUGGAUCUGGGGUGCUGCUGGUGUUGACGACAUUUCAGGUGCCGUUGUUCAUGAUGCGUUUCGGCCAGUCCAACCUCUACAGGAGUGAAGACUAUGGGAAGACAUUCAAAGAUGUGACUCACCUGAUCAACCACACCUUUAUCCAGAGUGAGUUUGGCAUCGCCAUCAGUCCCGACCACUCUGGCAAGGUGAUGCUCACUGGUGAUGUGUCAGAAGUCGGGGGGUUUAAGCUGUUUCGCUCGCAGGACUUUGGCGUGACCUUUGUACCAACCGACCUGCCGUUUGAGCCCCUCAUUCAGAUGCUGUACAACCCUGGAAACAGCGACAUACUACUGACGCUCAGCAUCACGCUGGACCUGUGGCUAUCUGAGGAUUUCGGUGCCACCUGGAGGAAGAUCCAUGACAGUGUUUGUUUGGUCAGAUGGGGUCCAAAACACACUAUCUACUUUACAACGAACUACAAUGGAUCAUGCAAUGAUAAAGGCAUGUUGGAGUUAAGGACGACGGCAGACUACGGUCGAAGUUUCAAGACCAUCGCAACCAGAGUUUACUCCUUUGUACUGGGAGGGCGCUUUGUUUUUGCCUCCAUCAUGACUGGCACGGGAACAGAGCGUAUGAUCCACGUGUCAGUGGACGGAGGCGAGGUGUGGAACAUGGCGCAGCUUCCUACAGUCAACCACGAGCAGUUCUACUCCAUCCUGGCAGCCAAUCAGGACAUGAUAUUCAUGCAUGUGGACAACCCUGGAGACUCCGGUGUUGGGACCAUCUAUGUGUCAGAUGACAGAGGAGCCGUGUUCUCCAAGUCUCUGGAGCGCCAUCUUUACACGACCACAGGAAGCGACACUGACUUCACCGCCAUUGCUUCACUCAGGGGCGUCUACAUGACCAGCGUGCUCACAGAGGAUGGUGCAAUGGAGACAGUGAUCACCUUUGACCAAGGAGCAAAGUGGCAGACGCUGCGCAGACCACAGAAUAGCCACUGUGACACUGAGACCUCCACCAACAGGCCUAACAGAUGCAGACUUCACAUCCACGCCUCCUACAGCACCACCAUGAAGAUGAACGUACCCAUGCUGCCUCUCUCACAGCCCAGUGCUGUGGGCGUCAUUCUAGCCCAUGGCAGCAUUGGAGACGCAGAGUCAGCUCUCUCCCCUGACGUGUACGUGUCUGACGACGGGGGCUACUCGUGGCUGUUGGCUCUCAGGGGCCCCCACCAUUAUGCUAUACUGGACUCUGGAGGGCUGCUGGUGGCUGUGGAGCACACCAACUCACCUGUCAAUCAGAUCAAGUUUUCAACAGAUGAGGGGCAGUGCUGGCAUACGUAUAACUUCACCAGCGACCCGCUUCACUUCAGUGGUAUGGACAGCGAGCCCGGCUCUCGCUCCAUGAACGUCAGCCUGUGGGGCUACAGGAACGACUUCAGUAAAUGGGUGGUGAUGACCAUCGACUUCAGGAAAAUCCUCACCAGAGACUGUACUGAAGAGGACUAUGUCCAGUGGCUGGCUCACUCUGCAGACCCCAGUGGGUCAAGUGAUGGCUGUGUGCUGGGCUAUAAAGAGACCUUCUUACGCCUGAGGAAAGACUCUGUCUGCUGGAACGGGAGGGACUAUGGCAUCACUAAGAAGCUGUCCCCCUGUCCAUGCACAAUGGACGAUUAUCACUGUGACUUUGGAUAUUACCGGCCAGAGAACAGCUCAGAGUGUGUGGAGCAGGAGGAGCUGAAGAGUCAUCCUCUUGAGUUCUGCUUAAACGGGACAACUGAACAGCUUCAGACUAGCGGCUACCGGAAGAUUCCAGGAGACCAGUGUGAGGGAGGUUUCCAGCCAGAUAGGAAGGAGACGGACCUGAGGAGGAUGUGCACCAGCAACGCCCUUUAUCCAAAUUCUCUGACUGAAAGCAGCUCACCGAACACCGCUGUCAUAGUGAUGGUUGUCAUAGCGAUGCUUCUGACGAGUGCUGUUGCAGGCGUUUGGCUGGUUAAGAAAUACGUCUGCGGGGGACGGUUCCUCGUGCACCGAUACUCUGUGAUGAGGGAACACGUUGAGGCUGAUAAAAUAGAAGGAGUCGAUGAUGUUGACACUCACUAUAUGGAGACAGGAAAAGAACAGUACAACGAAGACUCAGAUCAGGACCUCUUAGAAUAAGGUGAACAUUUCUCCACUCAAAGGCUCUUCAAGACUAAAUUUGUACGCAGUCUUUCAUGAUGCCUGGGCACUCCUGUUGCUCCCACAUGCCGAUUAACAUCUGCUUCUCACUUCUUGCUGUCCCCUGGUGGCUGGAGGACUCAACGGCAACUCACAUUGCUUCCUUGUACCAGUUGAGUCUCCCACAAAAAGGCGAACCGGUGGUUUUGGGGAGGGGGGACGAACCCAGCGCAGAGCAGAAGAAAGCCUCUGGGGUCCCUGGAGAGCUUUUGUCGUUUCUGUCACAAAGAGUUCUGUAAAGACCACUGAGUCUGAAUACGUGCUCUGUAUGUUUCCUCUCAUGCUGACCUGAGAAAAGAUGGCCUUUCAUAUCGUGAUGCACUGCAGAAGCACAAUACAGAGGCUAGAUAUACUGUAGAGGCUUGCAGAACAGUUUAUAUCAUAAGAGUUAGGGAACAAUCAAGCAACAGAACACAGAAAAUAGUCAUCAGUAUUUUAGCUCAGAGAAUAUGUCUGCUGUCAGUUCACUAGUUUUUGUACUCAGUAAAAUUAAAACUUGUACGAUACAGUGCUGUUGUGCAUGGCGGCCAUUUAACCGUUAAUUUUGUCAGCUUCAUCAGUCACUAAAAUAAGAUUAGACUCCUAGAAAUAGAUUAUAUUUCUAUAGAUUGUAUUUAUGGCUAGACUACUUACUAUGAGUUACCUGUUAGUCACAAGUUCUUUAGAAAUGAGCACUUUUCAAUUAAACAGCAGCAGUGGCUCCUCUAAUGUUACCGGUCACUAUUUCUGACUGGUGGUGUUUUUGUUUUUACCAUACACAAUAUAUGCUUUUUAGUGGUAACUAUUUACUGGAAUUGUAAUCAAGUGAUGCACUUUAAAUCUAAUAAUAAUAAUCAUAAAUUAAAUUUAUAUAACACACUUUAAAAUACAGCGAAAUCUCAAGGUGCUUCACAAAAAGGGUAAAACAAUCAUAAUAAAAUGUUUACAAUUCUAAACAAUUUACACAAAAGAACCAUGCAAUUAAAAGUGUUAAAUAAGAUAAAUAAAAUCUACAGACAAAAUAUUUCAAGGCCCAAGUUAAAAAGUAUAUAAAAUUAGAGACAGAAUCUGAAUUUAAAAAAAAUUAUAUAUGAAACUUUGAGUACACUGUAAUGGCUUUUUUUUUUAUAUAACAGUAAUAACUUUUUAAUAAAGACUGGUCUUUUGUAUUUCACGGCACUUUUAAAAGAAGGUGAUAUAUAAUCAUUACAAUAUUUUAAUAGUCAAAUAUUAUUCAUACGUUUUAAAUAUUAUUAUUAAAUAGUUUCAAUUGAUAGAAAAUUCAGAAUAAAAUGUAACCAGAACAUAACAAAUUAGUGACCGCUAGUGCUUAUUUUAGAUGAACUUGUAUCAGCUCCCAGAUAAAUGAGGUUGACUAACAAUAAAAUAAGUACCUUUUUAGUGCCUAUUGAAGCUUUUAGAAUAAAUGUUAAAAGGACCUGCCAUUGUUGUGAAGACAUAAACUAUUUUUGUAUACAGUGCAGCUUCAUACAAGCAAUAUCUUCUACUCCCCUGUAUGUGUGGUGAAAAUGAAAGACUUGAAUUAUUGCCAAAGCACUUUUAUUGUUUAGUUUUCUAAUUGUAGAGGAGAAACUUAACCUUAGCCCAGCAUUGUAUGAAGUAUGAAGGUAAUGCUAACCCAAACCCUUUACUUGAACUUUCUGAUUUUUUUAAAAAAAUUUUUGCUUAACAGGGUGCACCAAUAUGUUGCUGCUGUUGUGUUUUAAUUUUUGCUCUGUUGUUUUAUUUGGCUGACAUUUCCCCCAUAUCAGCCGAUACCAAGAUGCAUUUGAAUAACAAUCUUAAUGCAGCUGCAGGCAUAAUCAUGAAGAUAAUCAUUACAUGCUGUAUACAUAGCUUAAUAUUAGCAGAACAAACAUUUCCAGAAUUAUACUGAUAUUGUUUUUCAAAGCUACUAUUAGCCAGUCUUCUUAUAUAUUGGUGCAUCCCAAUUUAAUAAUCUCACAGAUGUUGCAAAAUAUCCACAAUAAUAGAACUAAUUUAUCAGAUUAAUGUGUCUGGUGGCCAUACACUUUAUUAAGUUAAUUGAGUAAUUAAGAUGUUUGCCGGCUACCAUUUCUUUUAUCUGCAAUGUAAGAACUGUAACUUCUGACACGUGCAGGGCUUACGACCAAUGCUUGUGUUCUCCAGCAGAGUCAAUAAUAUCCCAGCGAAUAAGCUAUUGUAAUAAGCUCGCCUAAUAUAGAGGCAUAUUCUCAAGGACUGUUGGGUGGACUUUGUCAGAUAUGAAAGCAAAUUCAUAUGCUUGAUGCUUCUUUAUUUACACAGAACAAGAACAAACCCAGCUAUUUACUGGAUUCAAUGAUUUUAUUUUUGCACUGUAUCUACAGAUCUGUGAAAAAGUUGCAUUUGUGUCUCCUUGUGCAUCUAAUUUUUGUAAAGUAUUCGGGCCAUGAGUUGUGAUCUUCAUUCCAUCUUGUUUUCUUGACCGUUUGCUAGAAUAUCAGAGAUGAGUAUCUCUGAAUUAAACUAUUCUGUAGCACAAAUGUUUUAUAACAAUGUUUGCAUUUAUUGAAUGAAAUAACACAAUCUCUCCUACA